AAUGAAUACCUGAUGCGGCUGAUGAGGCUGGCUGGGGGAGGAGCUGUGUCAGUGGAGUACUGAGAGAGAGAAAGAGAAAGAGGAGGGAGGUAGAGAGGCAGAAACAGAGAGAGGGAGAGGGAGAGAGUGAGAGAGAGAGAGUGAGAGAGAGAAGCAGUCAGGCAGAGAGGGAGCUGGCGGUCUGGUGGCCUUGCAUAACACACGUUGGAGCAGUCUUGAACGCAGGACUUGGUGUUAGCCUCAGCAGUGGGGAACUUCCUUUACCGUCAGCCCGUUGCAGGGGCAGCGUAAGCCUCUAAAACCGGAGAGAGAGAGACCAGAGAGGAAGGGCAGAGCUGGAGCAGCUACAGCACAGACUCCAGGAGAGGAGAGCGGCACAAAGGAGAGAUUCAGGAAGAGGAGUCCUAGGAAACACGUCUCCAACACACACACACACACACACACACACACACACACACACACACACUCUGAGAGGCAGGAAGAAUCCUUGGACAUGCUCUGCAAGCAGUGGCUGUGGAGAGACUGCCCCCAGAGGCUGCACAGCGUUUGUCCAGAGUCACAGUUGUAGGAUUCAACAGCAUUGACCCCGUUCGGUGUCGGAGGUGCUUUCGCCCAGGAGAGGGACGCCCUGCAUACACACAUCUCUGUCCAUAUACUGUGUGAUUGGUGUGUGUCGAGCAGUGAUGCAGAACUCUGGAGUCAUUGUGAAGACAAACAGCCUGAACCCUCUGCCUGUUCUUACUGUCUGCUUUAGUCUGCCACACGAUUCCUGCCGACAUCGUGGAGGAGGUGGAUCGAUUGGUCCGAGAUGAUUCCUCAUGAAGUCUAUGGAGCUCAUUUUGUGAGCUGGAGUGACUCUAUCUUCUCUGGUCUGAGACCUGGAGUUGUCUACCAGUGAAACACAAAGAGUGCCAGAGCCACACAGGACACAGACAGGCCGGCCCCUGCACAUAACCAUCGAGUGGAGGAGAGAAAGAAAGACAGACCCAGAAAAACUUAGAAGCAUUACCUGGGAUUAUUAAAAAACACUCAACUGGCACAAUGAAAUCCAACCAGGAGAGGAGUAAUGGAUGCCUGCCUCCUAAGAAGCGUGAGAUCCUGGCUCUGGAGCAGAGGCCAGUGGCAGUAGCCACAGCAACACCUCCAGCUGCAGUGAUUACUGACAGUCCCCACACAGAGAACCUGGCAUGGCUGGCAAGUGUAGCUAGUGAACGCUGCAAAUCCAGGGACGCAGAGAGCCCGAGAUGUCCCAUCUCCUCCACUUCCUCCUCUUCUCCUUCCACCUCUCUCCCUACUUCGGUGACUCCCCUGUCUGCGGUGCCCCUGGCCUCUCUGCCUGCAGUUUACCCCACAGCCCUUCCCCAGCAGGCCGGGACUAUCCAGUUUGCACAGCUGGGACCCAACGUGCAGUUCAUCAGCUCUGGCCCCUACGCCGGCUACAUCUCCUCUCACAUCAUCUCCACUAAUGCUAGCUCUGUGCCUAACAGCUCUGCCAUAGGACAGCGUUCCCACCUGGAUGGUUACACCACCGCCCUCAUCUCCCCCACCACCAAAGGGGAUCAGCAGUUUCAAAUUGGACUCUCUCCCACAGAACUGGCUCCUGUGUCGCUUCCAGGUUCUCCCCAAGUCACCAGCCAAUACAUUCAUCUGGACAGUAGAACACCUCUGACCGUCAGCGGAAACCCCGUCGCUUCACCCACGGCCCAUCUGCAGCUUCACCCUCAUGCAGCCGUUCUCCCUCAAACACUUACCCUCGCUCCAUCCCAGCUGGUGGUUCAGUAUGCAGAUGGUUCAGCUGCAAAGAAACCAGAGGGGCAUGCUAAGGGUGUGCUGAACGGGGAAUUGGAGGUUGUUAAACAGACAAAAACUCCCAGUCAGCCAGCGAACCAUCAGCAUGUUCAGAGCUAUGAGGCCAGACAUAUACUCCUGCCUGCAGACUAUGGCCAAAACCCUGCGGGACUCCAGACCUCCUUGGUGCUGGUGGCACAGCCCAACCAUGGAGCUGAACGUGAAGCUGGCUCAAAUAAGAUCUCCUUAGUCCAGACUGAGAAAGGAGGCAUCUGUUUGGGGAAACCAGUGUCCAGAUCUUCCUCAUUCACCUCCCUCUCUUCUUCAGAGAUGGUCAAGUCUGUUGCUCCUCAUACAGUCAUCCAGGCCACUCUACCCUCUGAGGAGCUGCCAGCCAGUCUCUAUUCCACCACACAGCCACCCAUCAUUGGCUACAUCACCAGUGCAAAUCAGCAUGCCCUCAGCUACCAUACGACACUGCCCCAGCACCUGGUCAUCCCGAGUGGCCAGUCACUCCUCAUCCCAGUCAGUGGCACCAAUAAUGGCACAGAAAUUGAGGUUAGUCGUACUGUGAGUGCCCUGACUGCUACCACUACCCCUCAAAUAUCCACCGCCAUGCCGCAUGCUUAUCUGGCCACAGCCCUGUCCAAGUGUGAGGCGCUUGGGCCAGAUGGAAAUCAGCCACCCCCUGCAGUUGCACAGGCACCAGCGCUGCCGGUCCUGCCCUCCAACCCGGCUCCUGCAGUGGUACCAGCUCCCUCCCCGACUCCCGCUCCUGUCCCUGCUCCAGCCCCUGUUUCCAUUCAAGCCUCACCCUCCAUCUCCUCUUCCUCUUCCCCUGUGGCACUUCCUCCAUUCUUCAUGAGAGGCUCCAUCAUCCAGCUGGCAGAUGGGGAGCUGAAGCGGGUGGAGGAUCUGAAGACGGAGGACUUCAUUCAGAGUGCUGAAAUUAGCAGCGAGCUGAAGAUUGACUCUAGCACUGUUGAACGUAUUGACAGUGGGCAAAGUCCUAAUGCUGUGGUCAUACAGUUUUCUGUGGGAGAGCUCAAAGCCCAGGUGUGUGUGGAGGUGCUGGUGGAGUAUCCCUUCUUUGUAUUUGGUCAGGGCUGGUCGUCUUGCUGCCCAGACCGGACCACCCAGCUGUUUGAGCUGUCCUGCGCUAAGUUGUGCGUGGGUGAUGUAUGCGUAUCACUGACCCUCCGCGGCCUGAGGAACGGUUCAGUAACAGACAGCCAGCCUUUGGGAACCAAGCUGAAGACUGGUCACCUCUCUGACUCCUGUCACAAUGUGGAUCCCAUUGUCAGAAACAGUAUGAGUCCAGCUGCUCCACACAGUAACAGUGGCCUUCUCAUGAAGGCUUCCAGUGCAGACAGGUUGGAGAGGGAGCAAGUAACUGGACCAGGACCAGGACUUGGGCUACAACUUGGAUUGGGGCAAGUUCCAGGACAAGGGGAAGGGAUCUAUGGAGCUGGACCAAUACUGACAGUCUCUGGGACAGGAGAAGUAAGACAGGAAUCCAUGAAAACAGACACCAAAAUACAAUGUGGUGAUCCAGAGAGACCCACAGUCCGCAAGAGACGCUGGUCAGCUCCGGAGCGAGACCAGACUGAGAGAGCUGAGGAGGAGCCUCCUCUGACUCUUCCCAAACCCUCCUUCAUCCCUCAGGAGGUUAAAAUCAGCAUAGAGGGCCACUCCAGGGCUGGGAGUGAAAGGUGCUUGAACAAAAGAGUGGACUGUUGAGAGAACUUUAAGGAAUUUUUGAUUACCUGUGGUUUGCUUUGUGUUUAUCCUCUCUUUUCUCUCUAUCCAGACUACUGUAAUAUAGGCUGAGUUUACACCGUAUUUACAUGUUUUCUUUUUCUCUCACACAAGUCUGAUACAAUGAAGUACAGUAGAGCACCUUCAUAAGUGGUAUCACACACGAGAUCAGUGCAAUCAAUGCUGAAAGCAAAAAUGAAUGCAGCGUGAAUGUUGAGUAUGAAUGGCAGUCAGACACUUAUCAGGCACAUAUCAUUAGCUGGAUCUCCAUUGUCACGUGGCUUAAACUUUUUGGAUUCAGACCAGUCAACCAUUCCUCUUAUCACACGAACAAGCACAGACCCCGAUGUCAGCGCGUACAAAGUGGGUAACCAUAUUUUGACUCUCAUUCUGUUUAUUUGGUUUGUGAGUGGUUGGAGUCCUUUGGUGUUUCAGUGACAAUGCUCAAUCAUCGUGGCUGUGAUCUCUGCUGCCUUGUGUGUCUGAUGAGGUUUUAAGUUUUGUAUUAUUGCUAAAAAAAACAAAAAAAAACAUUACAGGUGUGUGUGUGUGUGCAGGUCACCUUGUGCCACUUCUUGUCUUUAUGUGUGUGUGCCUGUGUGUGUGGCUGUCAGACAGAGCACAGGAUUAAGGUGUGUUUGUGUGGCUGUAGCUGAGAGCUCAGCAAUCAAUACAACCUGCAAAUAUCAAGACUGAAAAGGCCUGAAUGUAAAUCACUGAAUCUGUCCUCAAUACUGACUCAUAAAGUCAUCCAUGUGCUGUUUGCUACACCACUGACGGGCGUGUGUGCUGAGAAUUUGAUACCAUUUGGUUUUUGCAGUAUGUGGGUGACAGCAGUUGCAUAUGGGUCCACUCCUCUCAGUCAAAAUUUAACUUUAUAGUUUGUUUUCAGAGUCACACAAUUCAUUUCAAGAACAGCACAGUUAAUGUCUUAACCCUGGUUAAAGUGCAUAAUUUUAAAUCUGUACAAAAAGGGAAGAAUCAAAGUAUUUCUAAUUCCAAUUAAUGACUUUUUAGCUGAUUUACACAUGGACUUAUACUGCAAUAUACACUAUAGUUGGCUAACUUGCCUAUCUGCAUAUAUUGAUGCCACUUGAGGGCUUCUAGAUUUGAUAUGACAAACUCACACACCCAGCAGACACAGAGCAACAUUGACAUUCAUUUGUAGUCGUGUUUCAGGCGGUCUGAUAAUUCUAAUUCCAGUUUAUCCUACUUUUAGCUCUGUUUUGGUCUCUAACAACUCUUGAGGGAAACAUCUGGCUCUUUAGUUGCUAAAUUCUCCAUCAUGUUCAUCAGGUAGUUGCUAAAUCUGUUUGCAUGCCGUUUGAUGCUGGGCAGGUAGUUUUUGAUUCCCUGAAAACAGCUGCCUUCUGCGCCCGAAAUCAUCCCCUGAUGAGAGAGGCGAGAGAAAGUUAGAGGCCAUGAAACCAAAACAGUAAGCUCAAGGAUGAUAAAUAGCCAUGUAGAGCUGAGAGGAACUACUGGGUCAAGUAAUAAUUUGCUGCCUUUUGCAUUACACUUAAAUGUCUGGACCAUGUUUAUCUAAAAAUAUUGAUUUAAGCUACUUAAAAUGCAAAAAUGCUGGAAGAUAAGUUAAAGAUAGCCUAAUAUUUACUUAUUGAUGGUAAAAUCCCAUUCCUCUAACCUAUCUAUCCUAUUGCUCUUGUUACAGAAACUAUGGCCUUAAAUAUAUGUACCUAGUUCACAGCAGCACAUGGUUUUUUAGGGUUUUACCAUUAAAACCUAUUUUCCUCAAUGACGGUAUGCCUCUCUUAAGUCCAUACCUGUUAUAUCAGAGCACUGCUGUUUGAUUAAAACAGCUUUCUACACGUCAUUUCUUUAGAGUAGAGCCAAUAAAUAUCCUACAGUUCAUACUCAGGAACAGUGUGUAUCUGUAUGUAUGUAUGUGUGUGUGUGUGUGUACAAACAAACAAGCGUGUGUGGUCUGUGUGUAUGCGUGUUUAGGCCUGAGACAGUAUGUGCAUGUCCACAGUCACAUGUGUAUGUGUGUGUUCUGAGCAGCAGCACUUUGAUGAAGCAUCCAGCAGUGUGGUGGUGGUGGUGGUCGUAGAGGUUGUGGUGGUUGUGUCCCUGUUCCUCAGCUGUUAGAUAUAAUGAGAAUAAUCACAUCAUGUCCUACUGGUUUAUCAUUGAGAGAAAACAUAUACCGGAGCAGGGAAUGUAAACACAUCGGGCAAACUAUCUCAACUUUAUUUUUGAUGACAGAUAGAGCUACUAUACAGAGAAAGAAAGAGUUUCUAGAGUUAACUAGCCAGCUAGUCUUGAUCAUGUACAGUAAAUUGUAUCCUAGAGAGUGUACAGUGUGUGUAUAGAUAUUCUAACCCUUAUGUAGCCUAUGUACUGUAUGUGCCACAGCGCCUCCUUCUUCAAUCAUUCCAUUAACUCACCAAUAUUAAGUGGUCCUGCAGUCGUUUUUCUGUCAGUGCGGGUAUCGAUUUCAUGUUCAUGAAUGUGCUACAAUUUCUACAUUAUUUGGCCUCCUCAGACUUUAAUUUGACUUGCACACUGUAACAUACAGUAUGUGUGAAUAGAAACUGCAAUUUAUCAUAAUAGCCAUGAACCUUUUAUAACUCCUGUUUAUUGUAAACUCAGACUGUUCUCUGUUUGUGUUUGACUGCUCAGGCUAAACACUGCCCAGUGACUGUUCUUCUGCAGAAUGAGGUGUUCUUAUUUUAAUUUUUUUAUUUUUCACUGUCAGAAAGUAGAGGUACUGUUUUUAUCAGUUUGUCUUUGUUGCCAUUUUCUCUCUGUGAGUCUGGUCCGUGUUUGUAUGUUUUUCUUUAAGAAAUCAUUUUUCAAAUACAGACCUGCAAUGGCAUCAUGACACAGACAAAUCUUUGAAAUAUAGGAUUUAUGAUCAAAGGAAUAAUUUGACCUUUUGGGAAAUACACUUCUGCUUUCUUGCUGAUAGUGAGGUGAGAUGAUUGAUACCACUCUUUAAUCUGUAUGGUAAAUAUGAGGCAGUGCCUGGCUAUGUCCAGAAGUAACAUCUGUUUACAAGCACUUUUAAUGUGAUUAAUUGGUGAGUAAAAACAUCACACUGAGGUUUUAUGGAGCGGUUGUGUGCUCAAAUACUUCCCUGGAGUCUUGUUGUCAUUGUGAGUUUGUCAGAUAACCAGCAGAGAGUCCAGGAAAUAGUUCAGCUCAUUCCAUCCUGUAAAACCACAAAGUGUGGUGAGCACAUUUCUGUUUUUUUAAAAGAUUAAACCAACAAGAUUUAAUGUAGUUUACAGGGUUAACAAGAAUCCAGCUGUUCACAUUUACCAUACAGACAUGAAAGUAUAGUAUCUUCUCAUCUACCUUUCAGCAAGAAAGCAAAUAAGUGCAUUUCUCAAAGUGUUGAAAUAUCCUUUUAAAGUUCCUGCACACCCACACAGUUAAUCUGGCCAAUUAGACUUCAGCUCAGGUUGAAGCUGGGAGGAGCCUCAACCGGUGAAACAAGGAGCUGUCAAUCAAUUGGAGCCGGUAAACAUCCUCCCAGUCCUGAGGAGAGGUCUAAUCAGGUCAAAUAAUGUGACCUAUGUGGGUGGACCACAGGUGUGUAAGGGUUUUAAAUUCCAAGGCUUAGUAAUAAUAAUGUACCCCCUCUGCUCACAAAUAUGCUUAAGCUGGGCCCCUUAAAAUAUGUACUUUUCAGAGCCUUUCUAAAUAAUGUUGAAUAUGGUGUAUAAGCGCCGCUUUGUGGUGAUCUAUGGAAUUGCACUUUGUAAUAUGGGGGUGGGGGUGGGGUGUUUUAGUCUAACUAAUACACAGAAGUAAUGUACAGCAUGUCUGAGAAAAAAUGUACACUAACAGUACAGCAUCUCAGCGAUUUGUAAAUAGCCAAAGUCUUCCAUUAUAAUGUUGGUAUGACCUUGUCGCCAGUGGAAAUGAUGAACACUGAUCCCCAUGUACAGACCUUUGAAGUGAAGUUUAAUUUACAGAAUACAUCAUUUAUUUGACAGAAAUACAGGUUAUUGCUUCACCUAAGAAAUUUUUAUUUUGCACCAGCUCAAUAAAAAACAACAAAAAACAGGAAAUUACAGGAGUAAAAGACUUUUAAAAAAUGAUUUUGUAAUUCGGGUCUGUUUGUUGGAUAAAUCUCACCUAAGAUACAGUAUGUUCUACGUACAGUAUGUAGUAUGUAUCGAUAAUGUUCCCUUAUUUUGAUGGUGUUGAGGUUUGCUAGUCAAAAACUGUUAAAUCUUUACUUCAAAUGUUUGAUUUUACAUUUGAUCAAAUAUAUUCAAAGAAAUAAAGAGUAUAAAGAAAAAAAACACAGCGGGUGUCUUUCUGUGAGCAUGACAGAGACAGAGAAAAUGUGUUUUGUAUGUGAAUGUGUGCUCUGUCAGCUGUGUGACUGUGAUAAAUGUUCCCACUUGAGAUAUACCUGAUAAUAUCUUUACCUUUGCUACCACGCUUUUAUAUUUCCCACAAGAAACGUGCUAUGAUAAGAGAUAAUUUGGAACCCCCCCCAGUGCUGUUUUGCUGGCUACAUUUUGUGUAUAUGCUGUAUGUAUUUUAAAGAAUAUCCCUUUUCGCCUUCACCUGCUUACACCCAGGAUGAGUGUUUCCUGCAUUGUUUUUUAGGUAACCGUCACUACUCAUUUCCUCUUAUAUCCUGAUCUUGAAGGUGUCUCCUUUGGUAAAACCUAUAGAUUGAAAAAAAAAGAACAAACUGAAGACAACAUACUUCAUAGAAUCAUAGAAAUUAAUCAUUUUAAGAAUGUUUUGUUGUUGGUUUAUUGUUCACUAAGCACACAGAGACAUUUCCUAUGAGCA